AUGGUUCAGAGUAAAAUCAUUUCAAUUGAUGUAGCAUUUCUGACAUACAAUUCAAGACGGUCUGCUAAUUCACCGUCAGUUAAAAUGGACAGCGCAUGUACGGCUAAUGUAAAUGAUUUACGCAUUCAUCGUGAACAGAAAAGAAAGAAUAAAGAUAAAAUGGGACGAGAAUCUUAUCAUCAUUACAAAUGGUACAGUUCAAUGUUGAUGAGAGAAGUUAGAGAUGAACCAGAAAGAUUUUUGAAGAUUAAUCACUGGCGCAUAGAAUCAGGAAAUUCAGAUGCUUUCAUGAUUGAUGGAACUAUCUAUAGAUCAGUCUCAAUUAUUAUCGGAUCUGAUAUGGAGCAUUGGUAUUGUGCAAAUGGAUCAAAACAUACAUAUGGGUCACGUUAUCGGAACUUCAGUCAUCAAAAAGAUAACCAGAUCGCUUGCUUCACAAUCAAUGACAAUGAAGCCACUCUUGUUGUUCAACCACAAGUGACUUUUGGAAGUUGCACUUCCGAAAUUUGUGCUAACAACUGCAUUGAGUGUAAAAAAUAUAAAUCUGCAUUUACAAAAACCAACACAAUGACGAAGUGUGCAUGCUUUCCCAAAUAUGAAGAUUUUCAAACUAUGGAAGAAAGUGACGUAGAAAUCGACAGCGAUUCUGAAGAUCAGGAUAUUGCACAUAUGUCGGAGCCAUAUAAAGAUUUGAAAGAAAAAUUUAACAAAUUUAAGCUGAAUGCAAUACGUGAAGAAUCUUUAACUAACUGA